CGUCAGAAUUUUCUUCUAGACAUGAGUCGGGUUAAACUCGAUGAAUCACGCACCGGUAUUGCUGAAGCCCAAAAUUACUGGGGAUUCGCUAACUUUCCUAAUCAAGUAUUUCGCAGAGCAAUCAAGGAUGGAUUCAAUUUUACUCUUAUGGUAGUCGGUCGCAGUGGACUGGGAAAAUCUACUUUUAUAAACACUUUAUUUAUGGCUGAAAUUCAUGAUUUGAAAGAGGCUCCUGCGCCAGCGGGAACUACCGUAAGAAUUGAAGAGAAACAUGUAAAACUUGUAGAAAACACGGUAAAACUUAACUUGACCUUGGUUGACACACCCGGCUUUGGUGAUGCUGUCAAUAAUACGCGAUGUUGGGAACCGAUCAUAAAUUAUGUUGAUGGAAAAUUCUUGGAAUAUUUCUCCGAAGAAACAAAAAUUGAGAGAAAAGAACGACCUGUGGAUAGAUGUGUUCAUCUCUGUCUUUACUUUAUCGAACCAAGUGGCCAUGGGCUGAAACCUCUCGACAUCGAGUUUAUGAAACAGCUGCACACGCGCGUCAACAUUGUUCCCGUAAUUGCCAAAGCCGACUGUCUGACUAAAGAUGAAAUGAAGAAAUUCAAAGCGCAGAUAAAUAAGGACAUUGCCGCAAAUGAUAUCAAAUUGUACAAGUUCCCGGAAAUCGAAGAUGAAAAAGAUAAGGCAACGAGUGAGAAGCUCAAAAGUUGUUUACCUUUUGCCGUAGUUGGAAGUAAUUUGUUGAAAGAUGAAGGCGGUAAGAAGAUCAGGUAUAGAGAGUAUCCGUGGGGAGUGGUUGAAGUAGAAAACAUGUUGCACAACGAUUUUAUCCCCUUACGUGACAUGGUUGUUCGAACAAACUUGAUCGAUAUGAUUGAAGUGACCAGAUCCGUCCACUAUGAAAAUUUCCGACUUCGUCAAAUGGACAAGCUACCGAAACAUGCACUGGACAAAGACCCCUUUACACAAAUGGAAGAAGAUCGCAGGAAGAAAGAAAAUGAGUUGGCGGAGAAGAAGAGAAGUUUUGAGAAGACAUUCGCUGAGCGCGUGAACGACAGAGAAAUAAAGAUUAAUGAGAGAAUGGCUAGGCUCGACAUUCGUGAACGCGAUUUGAAACAAGAGAUUGAUUUGCGGAAAGCUGAAUUGGAAAGGCUGAAGCAGGAGAUCGACGAUCUUCGUCGAGGCAGUAUUGGUGAUUCAAAGACUUCACUCUCCAUGACCAAUGAAAACUCCGGUAAAAGUUCGCCUACUGACAAAAUUAAGAAGAAGAGCGCAACUUUGGGGCUGUUCAACAGGAACUGAUUGUACAUUUACGCGUUUGCUGUUUUUCACUUGGAGGUACCAUAUAAAUAUUUCUGCCU